CCUUUCACCCACUCCUUUAAACAAACCCUUUUCUCUGUAUGUGGGGGGGGAAGGGGGCAUUUGAUUACCCCCUGCUUCCCCAUGUACCUCAUCUCUCCAGAUUUUGCCAUUUCUCUCCAUUGAAGGAGAUGGCUUGCCUCAAAAGCUUUGCUCAUAUCACAGAUGCCUUUGUUUGAAGUCAGCGUGUUCAGUUUAUCAUCACACUUGUGAAAGUCAGUCUGAAAAAAAAGGCUAUGGAUUCCUCAUGUGCAGUCUAUAGCACCCUCCUUAGCCCAUCCAGAGCAAAGGGCUGGUCCAAGCCCCAAUAUGACCACAAAGUGAUCUUUGAAUAAAAGACAGAGCUUGGUUUGAGAAGGUAAAACUAAACCUUCCUGGGAGCAAGACGCUUUCGGGUGAACAGUAAAGAGGCUGGCAGCUCCACCAAGCAACUAGGAACUGGGAUUCUGCUAACAGCACAAGAGAAGACGUUGGUUAACUUACAUAAGAAUGACCAUACUGGGUAAGACCAAAGGUCCACCUUGCCCAAUAUCCUGUCUUCCAACAGUGGCCAAUACCAGGUACCCCAGAGGCAAUGAACAUAACAGAGGACUCCAGUGUCUCACAAAGUGAUUGAGAAAAGAAGGAGGGAUCGGAUCAAUCGCUGCCUCAAUGAAUUGGGGAAGACCGUGCCAAUGGCUUUGGCAAAACAGAGCUCUGGGAAGUUAGAGAAAGCUGAGAUCCUGGAAAUGACUGUUCAGUAUCUGCGAGCCUUGCAUUCGGCAGAUUUCCCCCGUGGCAGAGAAAAGGCAGAGCUUCUAGCUGAGUUCGCCAACUAUUUUCACUAUGGAUACCACGAGUGUAUGAAGAAUCUAGUCCAUUACCUGACCACAGUGGAACGGAUGGAGACCAAAGACACCAAAUAUGCUCGGAUCCUGGCUUUCCUGCAGUCCAAAGCUCGCUUUGUCACCGAACCCAUCUUCACCACUCUGGGAUCGCUCCCAGAACCGGACUUCUCCUACCAGCUUCACCCAGCUCCGGAGUGCCCGGCUCACAGUCCCAAUGAGUCUAUGUUUCAGCAGGGAUCCGGGGCUCCGUUUUCCUGGCAUGGUCCUGCCAGAAGCCCCACCAUCCCUUACCUUCCCAACGCAGCAAUGCCCCUCCCUAACCCCGGUCAGCAACGCAACUCUUUCCUGUCGUCAGUUCAAGGUCUGGACAGACACUAUCUCAACCUGAUCGGCCAUUCCCACUCCAGCACCUUCAGUCUGCCCCACGGCCAGCAUCCCCCCUCUGUGCUAUAGAGACUCGGCCUGCAGGCUGCAUAUUUAUGUCGGGGAAAGAGUACGUUAUCCACAGUCGCAUACACCAUACAUUCACUUAGUAAGCGCUAGUGUACAAAUGUAAAUACAUAUGAUUGUGAAGUUAUAGCUCGGAAUAAAUUAUCACUGGGGAAGAUUAAGGAUGUUUCCAGC